AUGGCGUUUAUGGUUUUACAGGAAGAUACUUCCUCAUACGAACAUUUUGCAACAGGAUCAGCCAUGACUAACGAGGACACACUGGGUUCUCGCUUACAAUCCAUACCGAAGGAGCUGUGCGAUGACCAUGUUAAAGUAGUGUGUCUUGUUGGGAAACCAGGAAUAGGGAAAACAUGGACGGCAAAAAAGGUUCAUGAUAUUGUAAAGCAACAAGGUCAGUUUGAUUUAUGUUUUUGGCUGUCUAUGAGCAGAAAACAUGACAAGGAAUCUCCGCUUGAGAGGAUUGCUGCUCAGUUGCCUAUAUGUCUGCCAACUGAGGAGUGGGAUGAGGAUAACGAUGGUGAUGACGAUGACGAUGAGGAUGAGGAGAUGCAGAAAGAAGGGUAUCUGAAACAGAAAAUAUCAACAGCUAUUGGUACGAAGAGGUGUCUUUUAAUCUUGGAUGGAGUUUUAAAGGGAAGGAAAGUAGAUGAUAUUGUAUCAGAAUUUGAAUCCUUGAUUCCUGAUUUUAAGCAGCCUUCAUUUAAAGUCUUAGUCACCACCACAGAUUACUCUGGAAAUCUUAUUGGUCCUUACUUGAAGGUGGUAGAGAUGGAACCCUUGUCUGCAGCAGACACCUUCACUCUUUUGCAAAAACAAGUCAAAAAUCCAGAUUUUAAACUACUAUUUGAAGAUAUCUACAAGGAAAGCGAGGGUGCUCCUGCUAAAAUUGAGGCUAUGGCAGAAGCAUUAAAUUACAUCACGGAAUAUAAACAUCGGGCUAUUAGAGAAGAGUUAGUAGUAGACUCGGCAAUUACUGAUGCCUCCAGCAUUAUACCUUGCUUUCUCCGAAUUGCACAUGCAAUUAUGCCAACCAAUGAUCUGAUUUAUUGUUUCUGGCACAGCUGGCAGUACAUUCACAUGAAUGGUCCUGUUAAUUUCACUCGAUUGAUAGCCCACUGGAUUAUGGAGGGUUGUCUUGGUGGUAUUAAUUGUAUUGAGGAUGCUUUUAAGAAGGGUUACUCUGUUCUCCUGGAGCUUAUAAAUCUACGCUUUCUCAAACAUAUGAAGUCCAACUGCGUUGUAAUGGUGGGAUGUGCAAUGAAAGUGCCUUAUUGGUGGAUCAAAGAUGAAGAAGAUCAUGUGAUUUACGACAAGAACAGACGUGGAGGACAUUAUUUGGGUAGGGAUUCUCAAAGAUUUACAGGUGCAGAGAGCUGUUCAAUGGUUCCUUCUUUGAAGGACAACAUGUGGGAAGGAUUUGGGGACAUUGCACUGAUUGACGGUGUGAUAAGAACAGUUGGAUGUAGCAGUAAAUCAGAGAAAAUCUCAACAUUAUUGCUUGAUGGUAAUCGUCUAGGCAAGGAAGUCCCGGAUACUUUCUUUCAUAGCCUGAAAGGUCUCAAUUCAUCGACGAAAUUAGAUGUUGGUAAACAGUCGUCGACAGAGGCGAUGAAGUUCUGCAUUGGUCUUGAAAUGGGGUGCGUGCCCGAGGAGGAAGAAGGAGUGUGUUCUAGAAAAGAAACUUCAUGGGCCAAGGCUUGGUUGGCAGAGAAGAAACCGGGUCUGGAUUGGAGGCCAGUCGGGUUGAAAGACCUGGUUCCAUGA